AUGCCUCGCAGAAAAAAAGCGGCUCCCCAUCAUCCCCCCAAUGCAAAAGGGAAGACUGCAACGUCCGCGACUGAUGAGCGGAAGGAAGAUACUUACAGGACCGACGCGGUCCACAGAGAGCAAAUGCACAAUGAGCGUUUCGAAAAGUACUACAAGGCACAGCAUAUUCUUCCCGACGAAGAAUGGGAGGCGUUUAUGGAGGCUAUGAGGAAUCCCCUUCCGACAACCUUCCGUGUAGCCGGCAGCCGACAGACUGCACAGCUGCUCAAUGACACUAUUAAGGACACUUAUGUGCCUCACUUGGCCGGCGUCGUUUUCGAAGGCGAAGCGGUGUCGCCACCAUCACAAAUACCCUGGUAUCCUGAGGGCCUCGCUUGGCAGUUCAACGUCUCCAAGAAGGUUCUGCGGAAGUCGCCCGAAUUCAAAAAGUUCCACUCGUUCCUAGUCUUUGAGACAGAAGUCGGCAAUAUCUCUCGCCAAGAAGCUGUGAGCAUGCUCCCCCCACUAUUCUUGCAAGUCGAGCCCCAUCAUCGGGUCAUGGACAUGUGCGCAGCGCCAGGCUCUAAGACGGCGCAACUCCUCGAAGCCCUUCAUGCACAAGACACUGUGACCGCUUCGUCCUUCCCCACGGGACUUCUCAUCGCAAACGACAGCGACUACAAGCGUACGCAUAUGCUCAUUCACCAAGCUGCCCGACUCCCAUCGCCCGCACUGAUGGUGACCAAUCAUGACGCAUCCAUCUACCCCAUUAUCAAGAUCCCCUCGGAACAGGUCGUCUUCCCCUCCAGUACAAAAGCACGGGUCGCUGCCAAGAAGCAGUACCAGCUGCUGUUCGAUCGGAUUCUCUGCGACGUUCCCUGCAGCGGCGAUGGAACGUUGAGAAAAAAUCCCGGGAUAUGGAAGAACUGGCAGCCGAUGGAUGGGAAUGGCCUGCAUGGUCUACAGAUCCGCAUCCUUCAGCGAGCGAUGCGCAUGCUCAAGAAGGGAGGCCGGAUUGUGUACUCUACGUGUUCGCUGAACCCGGUGGAGAACGAGGCCGUCAUAGCGGCCGCAUUAAAGUCCAUUCCAGGGUUCCAGCUCAUCGACAUGUCGAGCCAUCUGCCGGGUCUCGUUCACCGACCUGGUCUGACAACCUGGACACCUACGGUGGACCGCGCUAUCACGACAGAGUUCGCCACGUAUGAUGCAUAUAUCCAGUCUUUGCCCGAGGACAAGCGGUCAGAGAGCAAGAUGUUCGAGACGCACUGGUCUCCUCCUGCCGGAGAGGUUGAGCGCCUGAACCUUACUCGUUGCUUGCGCAUAUAUCCCCACCUGCAGGACACUGGAGGAUUCUUCAUCGCGAUUUUGGAGAAAGUGCCCCCUACGGCCAUCGCCAGCCGAGAGCCUCAGAAGGAGACUACCAUGCUCAUUACGGAGCGCAGGGAGGGAAAGCGGCCGGCGGACGUGGUGGACGCACCUGGGAUCUCUCCAGAGAAGAGACAGAAACUUGAUGACCAAGAGGCUUUACCUGCGACCGCCAUAGAGGACGGAGCCAAGCAAGCAGAGGAGAUAGAUGAGGACGUGCUCGAAGAAAUGGCGGAGGAACCGUCGUCCACCGUUGAAGCAGAGACGAAGACAGAGCCCGCGUCCCAAGUUACUCCUGCCGAAUUCAAGGAGAAGCAGAGCCGCAAGGGGAAAGGCGAGGUCACCGCGGGAGCUGCUGUGCACUUCAAGGAGAACCCAUUCACGUUCAUCUCCCCCGACGACCCGAUCCUGAAAAGUUGCUUUUCGCAACUCCACUUCACGCCCGACUUUCCCUCGUCCAACGUCCUCGUGCGCAACCCUGAGGGUGAAGCGCUCCGCUCGAUGUACAUGACGAACGACAUCGUGAAGGACAUCGUCCUGCAUAACGACUACUCGCGCAUGCGGCUCAUGACGUGCGGGACUAAAAUCAUCGCGAAACAAGAGAGCGCCGAGGCGAAGCGCGAGGGCGCGCGGCCGCAGUUCCGUGUCCUCAGCGAGGGGUUGCCCGUCGUCCUCCCGCAUAUCGAGCCGCAGUCGAUCCUCUCCGCGGAUGUUGCGACGCUCAAGGUCUUCAUGGAGUCGUAUUAUCCGCUGUGCACGUCAUUUGGUGAGCCGUUCAAGUCGCUGAUUGAGUCGAAGGACGUUGGGAGUCAUGUCGUCCGAUUUGAACCUGGACAGGCGGGCGGCGCUACGUUGACGCACGAACUGGUGUUACCGAUCUGGAAGUCCAACAUCUCCGUCACGCUCAUGCUGGAAAAACGGGCGAAGAGCGCGUUGAGCUUGCGAACCUUUGGAAAGGAUGUCACCACAGCAGCGCGCGAAAUGGCUCAACGGAGAAAAAAGGAGGCUUCACCUGUUACAGACAACCUCGAGCUCAAACGUGAGAGUGACGCGUCAGCGGACGUCAAGAUGGAAGGCAUCGUGUAG